AUGAGCUCCUCCUCCUCCACCGUCUCAAACCCGUUCGCUGGUCCCGAUGUCACCCUCGUCCGCGACCUCAACAUCCAUGAGCGUGUCCCGGUGAAGCUUGAUCAAAACACCGCGUCCUACUCCGCUUGGAAGCGGUAUUUUUCGCUUGUGUUCCGUGAGUACCUCCUGCACGGCCACAUGGACGGCACCGUGGACUCGGCGCUCAUGAUCAACGACGAGGAGUGGAUGAUCCUCGACGCCACCAUUAUCCGCUGGUUCUACCUCACCAUCUCCAGCGACCUCUUCCACACCGUGAUGGAUAACGACGACGACGCCUACGCAGUCUGGACCAAGCUCAACGGCCUCUUCACCGACAACAGGCUGCAGCGCAAGGUCCUUCUCCACGGCGAGUUUUAUGGCACCCUCACCGCCGGACUCAACGAGGAUUUUGGGAACGCCGCCUCCAACCUCACCCUCAUCACGGAGCCUACCUUCGCUAAGGUGGUCGCGUACCUCAAGUUGGAGGAGCGCCGGAUGCGGAUGGCGCUGACUCGCGCGACCCACACCGCCCUCAUCGCCGGCACCCGCGGGGCUCAAGCCCCGCCACCACCGCGCCCGACGCCGCCCCAGCCGGCGGCGCCCGCCCUCCCGCCCGGCUUCCCGCCCGCCCCGGCCGCUCCCUUCCCGCCGCCCCAGCCGGCGGCCAAUGGGGGGGAGAGGGGUCGUCCCGGCGGCCGUCGCGGCGGCCACAAGCAGGGGGGCGCAGGAGCUCAGGGAGGAGCACCCCGCCCGCCGCAGCAGGCCUAUCAGCCGGCCCCGUGGUACGCUGGCCAGAACCCAUGGACCGGCGUUGUGCACACCUACUCCAUGCCAGUUCCCCGUGCCCCUGCACCGGGUAUCCUCGGCGCCCGGCCACCGUCGCACCAGGCGUUCUACGCCGCGCCGCAGCCCUAUGCGGCGCCCUACGGCCAGCAGCCGCAGCCAGGCGGGCUGCCGCUGCUGCCCCUGACGGCCCCGCCACAACCUCUCCCGCCGGCGCCGUGGGACCCGGCCCUUGUGGCGGCUCUUCACACCGCCCCUUCUCCAUCCAGCUACACCGGCGGCGGCGACUGGUACAUGGACACCGGAGCCACCGCCCACAUGGCGGCUUAUCCUGGUAACCUCCACACCUCCUAUCCCGUCCACACUUCCAACCGCAUCACCGUCGGUGACGGCUCCUCUCUUCCUAUCACCCACAUAGGUCAUGCAUAUUUUCCGUCUAACUCCACUCCAAUAUCCAUGUCUAAUGUCUUAGUUUCUCCUGAGCUUAUUAAAAAUCUUGUUUCUGUUCGUUCUCUUACACGUGAAAAUCCUGUUACCGUUGAAUUUGACGAAUGUGGUUUUUCUGUUAAGGACGCUCGCACGCGGAUGGUGCUCCACCGAUGUGACAGCCCCGACGAGCUCUACCCGGUUCACUCCGCCACCUCCACCACUUUCGCCGCCCCUGUCGCUCUCGCCACCGGAGUGGAUCUUUGUAAUACGGGCUUUCUUUAUUAUCUUGUCAUACUUGAUGAUUUCUCGCAUUAUCUGUGGACCUUCCCGUUGCGCCGCAAGUCGGAUGCUAUAUCCACUCUCGCCACCUUCUACUCCUAUGUUCUCACGCAGUUUGGUCGUCCCAUUCUCGCGUUGCAGACAGAUAAUGGGAUGGAGUUCGACAACCUAGUUGUUCCAGCAGGUACCCCUUGUUGCCUCGUCACCGCCGGCCACCGCCGGCCCUUCGGCGACUCCAUCAGGUGGACGGUCCCGCCCGGCCCUUGGACCGCCUCCGGGUUUUGGCGUUCCUCGCGCCAUGGGACGAGCCGCGUCUCGCGCCCCCACGCCGGCGCCAGCCCCCUCGGCCUCCUCGGCCGACCACGACGCCGCGGCUGGUGCCCCUCCUUCACCCGCCGCCCCCGACUCAGGCGCCGCGGGCUCGGGCGCUGCAGGCUCGGCCUCCCCUUCGGCCACCUCGGCCACCGCCUCAUCGGCCGCCGCCUCACCGGCUUAUUCGCCGGCCGUGUCGCCAGUGGCUUCGCCGGCCGCCUCGCCGGUGGCUUCGCCGCCCGUCUCGCCGACCGCUCCGGUGUUGCCGACUGGCCCUGUUACACGGGCUAG